UGCUAGAGCCUCAUCACUAAUACAGAAGCUGUGAAGUGUGCCUCGUGUAUGUGCUCUCUCUUCAUCGCUCCCUACAGGGGUUCAUUUGAAGACAACUGACAGAAGGGAGUUAAGGCAUUGAAGGCUACUGACAAAAGAACAACCGGUUUUGCAGCCGCUACUCCAUUUGGGUCAGAGAAUGACUCUGGCCCUGACCGGGAAGGAUCUCACAUUCUCCCAAGUAGAAGACAGAAUUGUUCCAGCUCUGAAUACUCUUGUACCUGAAGUGAAACAAGUGCUAACCUGGCCUUUGUUAAUUUGUACUCUACUGCACAGAAAGCUCUACAAUCAAAAUUAAGCGCCAGGGGACAAGGAUAACAGCAACGUCAUGGUGUCAGCGCGUCUCCAGCUCCUUGCUUUUGUCCUGGCCUUAUCUGGGGUCUCCGGCGUGCUCACCGCCACACUGCUGCCCAGCUGGAAGGUGAACGUGGACACAGGCUCCAACAUCAUAACAGCCAUCGUACAGCUGCAAGGGCUGUGGAUGGACUGCACGUGGUACAGUACUGGAAUGUUCAGCUGCACACUGAAGUACUCCAUUCUGUCGCUCCCCACCCAUGUGCAGGCUGCGCGGGCCACCAUGGUCCUGGCCUGUGUUCUGUCUGCUUUGGGGAUCUGCACUUCCACAGUAGGGAUGAAAUGCACUCGCCUGGGAGGAGGCAGAGGAACCAAGAGGCAUGCUGCUUUUGCUGGAGGAGUCUGUUUCAUGUCUGCGGGGAUCUCUGGUUUAAUACCAACAGUGUGGUACACAAAGGAGAUCAUAGCAAACUUUCUAGAUCUGACAGUUCCAGAAAGCAACAAACACGAGCCUGGAGGAGCUGUCUAUAUUGCAUUUAUUUCAGCCAUGCUACUGUUUAUCUCUGGCAUGAUUUUCUGUACUUCCUAUAUAAGAAAGGAUCCAGAAGCUUGGCUCUACCUACCCAAGCAGCAGCAUAUCUCCACCUCUGAGCUAGAGGGCAAUUUAGCAUACAAUCUAAAGGAUUAUGUGUAAACAGCUGUGUAAUAUAUACGGAAUUUUUAGGUGCCUGCUAUGACUUUUGUCUUUUAGACUUAAAAAAAAUACAUCAGAAUAAUGCUUAACUCUACAAAGAACAUAAAAUACUUAAAAAAUUAUGAGGUUGUUUAAAACGCCAACAAACUAUUGUGUACAGUUUUAUCUGUUUCAAGAUUAUUUUUCCAUUACUGUUUUCAUGUUUUACCUUAAGAUUUAUAAUUGAAGGAGGUUCUGAUUAUAUUAAUAAGACAAUUAAUUGAUGGCUUCCCCCCCUUUUUAAGAUAAAACUGUUGGUACAUCUUCUGA